GGGAGCGACCACUGAAACCCAACACAGCUCUGCCCCUGCUCCUCCCAGCGGAAGCGGAACUACGGGGAGGUGCUGCUUUCCGCGUGCUCCUCUUUCUUCGUCCGGCACGGCAGCGGCCUGGGGAAGCGGCUGGUCGGCAGCGGUUUGUUCGCUCUUCGCAGGGCCCAGCUGCGACUUUCCCGGCGGCGCCACAUCAUGGGCGACGGAGACGAGGCAGUGGAGAUAGAUGGCGGCAUUAUGGAAGGGGGUGGUCAGAUCCUGCGAGUUUCCACAUCCCUGAGCUGCCUCCUCAGAAAACCUUUGCGAGUGAAAAAUAUCCGAGCUGGCAGGAGUCAGCCUGGUCUUAGGCCUCAGCAUCUGUCAGGAUUGGAGAUGGUUCAACACUUGUGUGAUGGGCAGCUGGAAGGUGGCAAAAUUGGGUCAACAGAAAUCACUUUCAUUCCUGGGAAGAUCAAGGGUGGAACCCAUGUAGCAGACACCAAAACAGCAGGGAGCGUUUGCUUGCUAAUGCAAGUAGCAAUGCCUUGUGUGCUGUUUGCAGAUUCUCCUUCAGAGCUUCGCUUGAAAGGUGGUACAAAUGCAGAAAUGGCCCCCCAGAUUGAUUAUACAAUGAUGGUCUUCAAGCCGAUAAUUGAGAAGUUCAAUUUGACAUUGGACUGUGAAAUCAAAAGGAGGGGUUAUUACCCAAAGGGAGGUGGAGAAGUGAUAGUCCGAAUGCCACCCAUUAAACAACUAAGCCCAAUCGAUUUAACAGACCGUGGCACUGUGACCAAGAUACACGGACGAGCCUUUGUGGCUGGAGCCCUGCCAAUCAAAUUAGCAAAAGACAUGUCAUCGGCAGCAGUGAGGUGUAUCAGAAAGGAAAUCCGGGAUCUCUACGUCAACAUUCAGGCUGUUCAGGAACUUGAGAAUGAGGCCUUUGGAAGUGGAAGUGGAAUAAUCAUUGUUGCAGAGACUUCUACAGGCUGUUUACUAGCUGGUUCGUCACUCGGUAAAAGAGGUAAAUCCUCUGACAAAGUUGGAAUUGAAGCGGCUGAGAUGUUGCUUGGAAACCUUCGACAUGGAGGAGCUGUGGAUGAUUAUCUGCAAGACCAGCUGAUAAUUUUCAUGGCUUUAGCAAAUGGGGUUUCUAGAGUGAAAACUGGACCCAUUACACUUCACACAAAAACUGCUAUACACUUUGCGGAACAACUGACAAAGGCCAAAUUUACAGUGACAAAGUCAGAGGGUGAAGAAUCGUCCAAGGAUGCUUACAUUAUUGAGUGCCAAGGAACUGGGAUGCUAAAUACCAACUUGUAGCAUUUAAAAAAAGAUAACCUCAGUGAUGAAUUGCACUACAUUUCAGCUGACAUGAUUGAGGGGGCAAAUGGGAGCUGUGAUGAGUAGCUGGUUUGAAAUUGUUCCCAUGAAGGUUGGCUAUUUUGGGAUUAGAGGAACAAGAGCUCAUUUCAUUUUCUUUGGGUGAAAACCUUACGUGCAACUGACUGUGUGAAAUUACAAGACUAGAGCAGCUGUUAACUACAGAUAAAACAGCUGGGGGGGGGGGGGGAAGGAAAUUAUUUCAGUUUUUAAAAAUGAUACUGCCAUUGUCCUUGUCCCCUGUGAGUUUAUCGCAUGAAAUCCUAUAUAUGCAUUUACAAAAGAACAUAUACAGAAAAAAAAUCAGCUGUUACCCCUUACAUUUUUUUAUUUCUGUAGCUAUUUGUUGCUGGACUUCGGACAAAAUAAUAAAGCAGUCUCAUGUGAA